CCACACCCACACCCCCCUCCUCUCUCCCCAUCACACCUCCCACUUUACUUGAGAUUCAGUUCCCCCAACAUAACAUUCAUCUGUGGCACAGUUUAAGUGUUCAAAUUCUUGACGUGCAUCAUGCAUCGCAAAGCCGCCAUCCUCACCGCAGUCCUCUGCAUUGUCCUCUCCUCCGUCACCGCUCAGUCCCCCUCUUCCUCCCCGACCACCACCCCCACCACCUCCACUCCACCACCCACCGCUUCCCCUCCACAAGUCGCAUCUCCACCUGCCACCACUCCUCCUCCAGUCUCCGCACCACCACCAGUCGCCACCCCUCCUCCGGUCGCCUCACCACCACCUCCCGUUGCAUCACCACCACCAGCCACUCCACCUCCCGUUGCAUCACCUCCACCAGCCACUCCACCUCCCGUUGCAUCACCUCCACCAGCCACUCCGCCUCCGGCCGUCCCACCACCUGCUUCUCCACCUGCUCCGGUGCCGGUGUCAUCUCCAACUCCCAGUGUGACUCCAGCAGCUGCACCAUCUCCUUUAACUUUGAGCCCACCGGCACCUCCCACCGGAUCUCCUUCUCCCUCCCUCUCUACCGAUCUGUCUCCGGCACCCUCCGCUACUGACGUUAGCGGUGCAGCGAAGAUGGGAUCUAUGGCUGGAAGCAUCGUAUUUGGAUUGGUGAUUGUUUACUCGCUACUCUAAAGAUGGAUACAUUUACGUUGUUGGGUUGGGUUACAUAUAGUUUCGGGUUGAUGGCUGAGAGGUCUUGCUUGUAUUCGGAUUAGCUAUAUACAUUCUUUUGGACGGAUGCAUUUUCUUGUAAUUUUGAUUGUGAUAUUGUCGAUGUUACUAUUAUUAUCAGUAUUUUUAUAAUAUUUUAUUAUUA